AUGAUAAAGAAGCCUUCAGAGGGGCCCCCAAAGGAGGCCCCCCUUAUAGGUCCCCUUGAGGGGGCCCCCCGUGUGGGAACCGUUGAGGGGGCCCCCCGUGUGGGGCCCCCCGAGGGGGCCCCCCACGUGGGAACCGUUGAGGGGGCCCCCGUUGUGGGGCCCCCUGCGGGGGCCCCUAAGGGUAUAGGGUUAAGGCUGCCGACUCCCUGCACUUCUCACUUGAAAGAAGAAGAGUUUCGUGUUGUGUAUGAGCCUUCAGAAGAUACAUUUUUAAUGAUGGAUGCACUCGAAAUAGAUGCAGAGACACUGCAAGAGUUGCAGCCUGCAUUGGUAUUAGAAAUGGGAUGCGGCAGCGGCUGCGUCAGUGCAUUUCUCUCUUCGUUGUUCAAACAAUACUCUGCGCAUGCAGGGGACCCCCAGGGCCCCCCUGCAUCUAAUGGGGGCCCCCAGGGCCCCCCAUCAUCUACUGGGGGCCCCCCUGCAUCUACUGGGGGCCCCCCUCGUAGGAGUAGUAUUAUUAACCCGGUGAUAUAUGCCGUUGAUAAACAGCGAGCAGCAUUGGAGGCUGCUCGAAGAACUUUCUCUGUAAAUGUUUGUGGAGAGCUGGCUGAGUUUAUAAACAGCGAUUUGUUCAGAGGCUUUAAAGGAUUUAAGUCUUUAAAGAAACAUAAUACAAGAGGGGGGCCCCCCAGCAGCAGCAGCAGCAGCAGCAGCAGCGUACAAGGGGUGCUGCCAACAGCAACAACAGCAGCAGCAACAGCAACAACAGCAGCAGCUAGAAACUCCAAGGGGGGCCCCUUUGAUUUAAUCAUCUUCAAUCCUCCUUAUGUACAAGGAGACACUGAAGAAAAUAUAAAAGAAGAAGAUUUGCCCUGGUGGGGAGGGGAGAAAGGAAGAAAAGUAAUUGAUGAAUUUGCUGCUCAAGUACUUCUGCUAGAACGCGAAAAUGCACCUGAAGAAGUUGUAGAGGAGUUAACAGCAAAUGGCUGCGAGGCUCGGGUAAGAGGGACUGUCUCCUUUCGGGUGUAUCCUCACCUUCUUUUAUUUCUUUAA